GCAUUUUCGCGUAUCUGAACUACCUCGAGCCGAAGAGCCGCCGGGAGAUACUGGAGCUGCUGAUUCGAGGGCUGCAGCGCCUCGAGUACCGCGGCUACGACUCGGCGGGCGUCGCCUUUGACCGCGACGACAAGACCAUUGAGAUCAUCCGCGCCAAGGGCAAGGUGAAGGCGCUGGAGGAGGCGAUUUGGAGCAGGGCGGCGGAGGUUGACCUCGAGCACCAGUACCCGGUGCACGUGGGCAUUGCGCACACGCGCUGGGCCACCCAUGGCGCCCCCAGCGAGCACAACUCGCACCCGCAGCGGUCGGACGCCGGCAAUGAGUUUGUCGUCGUCCACAAUGGCAUCCUCACCAACUACAAGGACAUUAAGAAGUUUCUGGAGAAGAAGGGCUUCACCUUCGAGUCGGAGACGGACACGGAGGUGAUCGCCAAGCUGAUCAAGCACCUCCACGAGACGCACCCGAAGAUGCAGUUUCGCGAGCUGGUCGAGCAGGUCAUUCAGCAGCUGGAAGGCGCCUUUGCCAUCGCCCUGAAGAGCAAGCACUUCCCCGGGGAGUGCGUCGCCACGCGACGCGGCAGCCCCCUCCUCGUGGGCAUCAAGACGAAGAACAACCUGACCACCGAUCACAUUCCCAUUAUCUUCAGCAGUAAGGACAACCGAUUCAACAAUCUGACGAGCAGCGCCGUGGUGGGCGGCAAGCUGGCCCGCUCCAACUCGACCACUGAGUUCAUUCCCUACGACGAUGAGAAGGUGGUGGAGUACCUCUUUGCCUCGGACGCCAGCGCCAUCAUCGAGCACACCAAUCGGGUGAUCUUCCUCGAGGACGACGACGUCGCCUCGGUCAAGGAAGGACGCCUCACCAUCCACCGACUGAAGCGCAACCUGGAGGGGGCCGCGCCCACCUCGCUCACCCGCGAGAUCAUCACCCUGAAGAUGGAGAUUCAGCAGAUCAUGAAGGGCAACUACAGCAGCUUCAUGCAGAAGGAGAUCUUCGAGCAGCCCGAGUCGGUGAUCAAUACGAUGCGCGGCCGGAUUAGCUUCGAGGAUGAGACCGUCGUCCUCGGCGGCAUCAAGGACUUCAUACCGGAGAUUAAGCGCUGCCGGCGGCUGCUGCUGAUUGGCUGCGGCACCAGCUACCACAGUAUUAUUGCGACCCGGCAAAUCCUCGAGGAGCUGACUGAGCUGCCGGUGAUGAUCGAGCUGGCCAGUGACUUUCUCGACCGCCUGACGCCCAUCUUCCGCGACGACGUCUGCUUCUUCGUCUCGCAGUCGGGCGAGACGGCGGACACGCUGAUGGCGCUGCGGUACUGCAAGGCGCGCGGCGCCCUCAUCGUCGGCAUCACCAACACCGUGGGCAGCAGCAUCUGCCGGGAGUCCCAUUGCGGCGUGCACAUCAACGCCGGCCCGGAGAUCGGCGUGGCCAGCACGAAGGCCUACACCAGCCAGGUGAUCAGCCUGGUGAUGUUUGCACUGGUGAUGAGCGAGGAUCGGAUCAGUAUGCAGCCGCGCCGGAGCGAGAUCAUCCAGGGGCUGAAAUCGCUGCCGGAGCUGAUUAAGCAGGUGCUGCAGCUGGACGAGCAGGUGCUGGAGCUGUCGCGGGAGCUGUUUAAGCAGAAGUCGCUGCUGUUGAUGGGACGUGGGUGGAACUACUCGACGGUGCUGGAGGGCGCUCUGAAGAUCAAGGAGCUGACGUACAUGCACUCGGAGGGCAUUCUCGCCGGCGAGCUGAAGCACGGCCCCCUGGCCCUGAUCGACCAGGCGAUGCCCGUCAUCAUGGUGGUGAUGCGCGACUCCGUCUACCCGAAGUGCAUCAACGCCCUCCAGCAGGUGCUCGCCCGGGGCAGCAACCCCAUCCUCGUCGUGGAGGAGGGCGACACCGAGACGGAGAGGUACGUGACGAAGGACGGCAAGGAGGAGCGGAACAGCGACCGGACGCUGGCCAUUCCCCACACGGUGGACUGUCUGCAGGGCAUUCUGACGGUCAUUCCCCUGCAGCUGCUCUCCUACCACAUUGCCGUCCUCAGGGGCUGCAACGUCGACUGUCCGCGGAAUCUGGCCAAGUCGGUCACUGUGGAGUGA